AUGUCGAAAGAUUUUAUAAAUGAACUUGAUUUUAAAAUACAACAAAUGAAAGAAUAUAGUCUUAUUAAUCAUGGUUAUCGUAAUGAAAAUAUACAAUAUCCUGUAAAUGUUCGUCGUAGUCAUGAUGGAGAAAAAAUUUUAUCACAAAAUUCAUCAUCAUUAUUAUCUAAAACAAAUCGUAAUCAUAAAAAACAUAUUGUUUCUAAUUCAACUAUAUUAACUUCAUCAUCAUAUGAAAAUCAAACAAAAAUUAAACAAAAUGAUAUAAAUAAUCGUCAUUUAUUAUAUAAUGAACAUCAUACAACAUUAAAUGUUCCACCAAAUAAAACUAUUAAUGAUAUAGAUCCAUCAUUAAAUUGUGAUAAAUUAUAUAAAAAUCGAAAAUCAUCAUUAACAUCAACAGAUUCAUCAUUAACAUAUUGUUCAUCUCGACCACAUUCAAUAGCAACAAUAUCAUUACCAAUAACAGAUGAACAACAUAUUAAUUCAUUAUCAAAUUCAUCUCAAACAUUAAUUAAUUCAUCAGUAUCAACAAAAACAUUAACACAAAGAUUUUUUUCUAAAUUCUUCCAUCAUCCAUCAAAAUCUUGA